CACGUACACAGUCGCAACAACGGCCGCCGCAACAACGGCCGCCGCAGCAACGGCCACCGCAACAAUGGCCACCGCAAACCUCCUCGCCCCGCCGUCCAACAUCGCCCCUCCAGCCGCCCUCGCCCUCUCCCAGAAGGCACCGCUCAUCCUCUCCAACCCGCCUACCUCUUCCCUGCCGUGGCCGCUCUCCCUCCUCUUCUCGCGCGAAACGCCCGAGUCCUGGGCGAUCCACGAGAACCUCUUCCUCUCCGCGCUCCGCACCGGCGACGAGGAGUCCGCCGCCCAGCUCCUCUCGCGCCUCGCGUCCCGGUUCGGCGAGCACAACGAGCGCAUCGUCACCCUCCGAGGGAUAUACAACGAAGCCACCGCCCAGACGCCCGCCAGCCUAGAAAAAGUAUUCGAAGGCUACGAGAAGAUCCUGCGCGAAGACCCGACCAACAUCAGCAUCCGAAAGCGACGGGUCGCCGUCCUCAAGAGUCUGGGGCGGACAAGCGACGCAGUCACCGCGCUAACCGUGCUCCUCCAGAACAGCCCCACAGACGUCGAGGCCUGGGCCGAAGCCUCAGAGCUGUACGCGAGCCAAGCCGCGUGGGGCCAGGCGAUAUACUGCGCCGAGGAAGUGCUGCUGUUUGCGCCGACAAGCUGGAGUGCGCACGCGCACGUCGCCACGCUGCACUCCCUGUCCGCCUCGUCCACCAGCCCGCCGUCGCUGAGCGGGCUGUCGCUGGCAUUGAAGCAUUUCUGCCGCGCCGUGGAGCUGAACGAGGGAUACCUGCGAGCGUUCUACGGAGUCAAGAUCGUGGCCUCGAAGCUUCUGCCACUGCUGUCCGACACACAGGUCUCGUCCAGGAAGCGGGGCGAGCAGGACGAUGAGGAUGUGCCAGUUCCGACGCUCGCGAGCGUACAGAAGCUCGAUGAGAUUGCGACGAAAAAGCUAGGAGAGUUCAUUAGGGAUUUUGGGAGUAGAAAGAAGGGACAGUCUGGGUAUGACGAGGCUGAGAUCGUUGCGGCGAAGGAGCUGUUGAGCCGGUAGAACGUCAUCUGCGUGUCGAGCGCUGUUUAUGUCGAGUCUGUCCCGGCGCGUGGAGUUCAGGCGUUCAUGUAGACCAUCCAGACAUGUGGUGCACGUCGAAACACCACACACAUUCGGGAGGCAGCCCGGGUGCAGAUAAGGCUGGUUUGAUCGGCGAACACAUCUCGAUUGUCGCUCACAGUCAGUAGUAAUUACACGACACCAGUUCUUCGCUUUACUAUCAGUGGUCAAAAUCUGGUCUUGCGCCAUGAGCUCUUGCCACAGCACAGCGGUUGCCCGUUCCCCAGCCUCGUCACCUCAAGCAUCUUACCUACGUUACAG